GAACUGAGCCAUGUGCAAAUCCCUGUUAUGUUGAUGCCAGAUGACUUCAAAGCCUACUCAAAGAUAAAGGUGGACAAUCACCUUUUUAACAAAGAAAACAUGCCGAGCCAUUUCAAGUUUAAGGAAUACUGUCCAAUGGUUUUCCGUAAUCUGCGGGAGAGGUUUGGAAUCGAUGAUCAAGAUUUCCAGAAUUCCUUGACCAGGAGUGCACCCCUUCCCAGUGACUCCCAGGCUCGCAGUGGCGCCCGUUUCCACACUUCCUACGACAAAAGAUAUGUCAUCAAGACCAUUACAAGUGAAGAUGUGGCUGAAAUGCACAACAUUCUGAAGAAAUAUCACCAGUAUAUAGUGGAAUGUCAUGGGAUCACUCUUCUUCCCCAGUUCCUGGGCAUGUACCGGCUAAAUGUUGAUGGAGUUGAGAUAUAUGUGAUUGUUACAAGAAAUGUGUUCAGCCACCGUUUAUCUGUAUAUAGGAAAUAUGAUUUGAAGGGCUCAACAGUGGCUAGAGAAGCUAGUGACAAAGAAAAGGCCAAAGAACUUCCAACUUUAAAGGACAAUGAUUUCAUUAAUGAGGGCCAAAAGAUUUAUAUUGAUGAUAACAACAAAAAAGUGUUCCUGGAAAAACUGAAAAAGGAUGUUGAGUUUCUUGCCCAGUUAAAGCUCAUGGACUACAGCCUACUCGUGGGAAUUCACGACGUGGAGAGAGCAGAACAGGAGGAAGUCGAGUGUGAGGAGAACGAUGGGGAGGAGGAGGCGGAAAGUGAUGGGGCCCACCCUGUCGGAACCCCGCCUGACAGUCCAGGAAAUACUCUCAACAGCUCACCACCCUUGGCUCCCGGGGAAUUUGAUCCAAACAUUGAUGUUUAUGGAAUAAAAUGCCAUGAAAACUCUCCUAGGAAAGAGGUGUACUUCAUGGCAAUUAUUGACAUCCUUACUCAUUAUGAUGCAAAAAAGAAAGCUGCCCACGCUGCAAAAACCGUUAAGCAUGGCGCUGGUGCCGAGAUCUCAACAGUGAACCCAGAACAGUAUUCAAAGCGCUUUUUGGACUUUAUCGGCCACAUCUUGACGUAACCUCCCAGGCUGCCUUGGACGGACAUGCACUGUGGGAAGGACAGAGGUGGCUUCAGUGUAGGACAAGUGAAAACCAAACUCAGCGAAGCACUCAUCUUGCAGGAAGCAAACCUCUCUGUUUACAUCUUCAGGCCAAGAUGACUGAUUUGGGGGCUACUUGCUUUAACAGCUACCUGAUAUUUCCCAGCA